AUGGUAGCUGUUAAUGGUAAGAUUAUCCCACUCACACAUACUAUUUGCGCAAGUGCUGCUUUUUUAGUGGCAUUAAUAGUGGGAUGUUCUUUACAUUACCAUAAAAUUGUUGAAAACGCCCACUAUGGCUAUCCAGACGAAUGGUUUCCAAGUGUGUCUGCUACGAUUGGUGAUCGAUACCCUGAACGAUCUAUAUUCCAGAUUUUAAUUGCUUUAACUUCCUUCCCAAGAUUUCUUUUACUUUUAGGUCAUUACUACUUGAAUGGCUCAACAACCACAUUUUUAGUUGGAGUUUUAAGGACAGUCACGUGUGGUGGCUGGGUUUACAUUACUAGUACCGAUGAUCAUAAUAUUCAUGAUAUCUUUAUGAUUUCAUAUAUGGUGUUGACAAUUCCAUGGAAUUAUUUUAUAAUCAAAUACUCUAGCAUCAAAAGAAGACAAACUAUUGUCGCAUCGAUGUUUUACAUUGUUUUAUUCCCAUUGAUUUAUUGGUACAUACAACAUCAAGUACAUCAUGUUGGAGGCGCUUAUUCCAUGUACGCUUAUUUCGAAUGGAGCUUGAUUGUUAUUGAUAUUGCUUUCGAUUCUUUAGCAUAUGCUGAUUUCAAUAGGUUCACUAUCAAUUUAGGUUUCACAAAUAAGGAUUCUGAAUUGAAUUGGUUCUUCAAAAUUGAUCAAACUAAAUCAUUAUCUAUUGAACGUUCUGAAAAUGAUGUCAAGGUAGUUGAUGAAGACAAUGAAGUUGUAUACGAAGAGAGAGAAAUUGACACAAAGGUAAUCAAAUCAAGUGAUGAAAUUAUAGAAAUCUUAAUUGAAAAUGAAAAGGACAUUUCAAUUUUAAGCUCAACUGAGCCUGCCCCACAGUACGAUUCCUUUAUUUAUAUUCUAACUACUUUCUUUAACUCAUUUAUAUUCUGGACAGCUAUCACUGGGUUGGGUUGUAGUGUUUGGCAUUUUCCAUUAUGGUACAUGGGUAUUUCAGGUUAUGAAGCUGCUAUCUUAGGUUACGGUGGGUGUGUCGUUUUAUUUUUACCUAUGAUGUCAACUAUUAUUUAUCAAUAUGGUUCAUUGGUAGGUGGUUUGAUACUUCUUGGCUCUUAUUUGGUCAGUGUACCCGAAUCAAGAUUACUGGUUGUUUGUGCAGGUGCUGUUAUUCUAAUUGCUCAAUUUACCUUAAAUUUGCAGGCCAUUUCAAACGCUUCGAUCAAUAGUGGAUUCACAGUCCUAUGGAUUUUAGGUCUUGUCUUCUCUGUUGUUCUAAAAAUGGGAUUCUACUCCAACAAUCCACUAUGGCCAAUCAUGAAUGAAACUAAUGGCGGUUGGAAUAAAACUGGACUAAUUAUUGUCUCAAUAUUUGGUGUUCUGUCACCUUAUACAAAUUCAGUUCAUUUUUCUGAAAACAAUAAUCAAUUCAAAUCGCAAAAUCAUGUUUCUUUCUUCUCUAAAUUAUCUCUGGGUUUGGGUUUUGGUUCUUUAAUGUUUUCAAUACAUCAAAUGUUAAGUGAUGCUUCAACUAUAAUUUACUGGUCUUGGGAAGGUUAUAAUGAAGUGAGCCAAGGGCCAUUGCAAUGGCCAUGGAGUUCAGUUACUUGCUUAACUAUGUUAGGCGCUUGCAUCUUUUCUGUGGUGUUCACCGGUAGAUCAUUUGUCCCAUGUGUGCUAUUGGCAGCGUCGACAACUAUUUUAUGUUUAAGGAGCAUUAAAGAGUGGGACAAUUUUAUCUAUGGUGGCUUACCAUAUGUGGUUGCUAUUAUUUUAAUAAUUCCAACCUACUUAUCUGCUCUAAGCAACAUUAAAAGUUUAUGGGUAUUCGCCAUUGGUGCAUUAUUAUAUGUAAUUUACAUAUUAGCCCAUGUCUGGGUCGUAGCAUAUGCUUUUGUCCCAUUCGGUUGGCUAUUGAGAGAAAGAAUUGAAGUUGUAUUGUCAAGCACGACGAUUUUCAUCAUUAUGGGAGCGGUAUUAAAUAAUGGCAAUGUAUUAAAAAGAGGUUCUGCUUUGGGUAAGAAGUUCACAUUGUGGUUAUAUUUCUUUAGCGUGUUAAUUGCGACCUUGACUGGGGUAUUUACAAAACAGCUACAGCCAAUUGGAGUACCACAGCCAUAUCAUCCAGAGUCUAAAUUAAUUACUGCUGGUAUCUGGACUAUUCAUUUUGGUUUAGAUAAUGAUAUGUGGGCAUCUGAAGAUAGAAUGAUAGAAUUAUUGAAGGAUAUGGAACUAGAUGUUUUUGGUGUCUUGGAAUCUGAUACACAACGUAUUGUUAUGGGUAAUAGAGACUUAACAAGUAAAUUAGGCCAUAAAUUAAAUAUGUAUUCAGACUACGGGCCAGGACCAAACAAACAUACUUGGGGAUGUGCAUUAUUCUCUAAAUUCCCAAUAAUUAAUUCUACGCAUCAUUUAUUACCAUCUCCAGAUGGUGAACUUGCACCAGCUAUUCAUGCUACCUUGAAAACAUAUAACGAUCAAUUAGUUGAUGUAUUUGUUUUUCACAGUGGACAAGAAGAAGAUGAUGAAGACAGAAGGUUACAGACUGAGGCUUUAUCUAAACUAAUGGGAAGCACAGAUAGACCAGCUAUUUUAUUAAGUUACUUAGUAACUGAGCCACUAGAGGGUAAUUAUAAUACCUAUGUAAGUGAUAUCUCUGGUAUGCAUGACAUUGAUCCUUCAGACGAUGACAGAUGGUGUGAAUAUAUCCUAUACAAAAAUUUAUUAAGAACAGGUUAUGCAAGAGUUGCAAGAGGCACCAUCACUGACACAGAACUACAAGUUGGUAAAUUCCGUGUCCUACCUGAAAUUGCAUUAGAGAAACUUGGCGAUGCAUUAUACAUGAACAGUUACACCAAUUUCCCUCAAGAUGAUGAUCUAAAAUUCCCAGAUAUGUUUUUAGGUGAAGGUGAAAGAGGCCAUUUCUAUCACGUAUUUGAUGAACCACGUUACUAUAGACCAGGUUCACCUCAAAAUGAUGAGAUAUAUGAUUGA